AUGUCUUCUGGAAGCAGCGCUUCGAUGUUGGCAGAAGUCCCUGGCGCUCCAGAGAUAGGCCCGGCUGCGCUGGCUGUGCGGCCUUCCACGGUGCCGGGUGCAGGUUUGGGGCUCUUCGCAGCAGAGGACAUCGAACCCUUCAUCAUAAUUGGUGAGUACACGGGUGAAGUGAAAGAUCUGGCCUCGUACGGUGCCAAAGUUGAUCGGCUAGGCCACAGUGAGCUGCACCCCUUCUAUCUCCGACCCGGUCUUCUGGUCGACCCGACGGAUGAGCAUGGCUGUUUGCAUCCGGCACAUUCGAAGCGACCCGGCCCUGAGAUCCUGGGAGCCUCCAAGAGAGCGAAAGGCGGAGCCGACGAAGACAAGGCCUCCUGGCUCCCGCUGCUUGGUGCUCGGCUGCCUCCGAGGGAGCUGGCGCUGGCGACCGAUUGCGGCGGCAGCGUCGGCCCGGUUUCGGCGCUCUCCGACCUGGGGGUGCCGUUCAGGCACAUUUUCGCCUGUGAGUCCGAUCCCUCGAGUCAGCAGCUCCUGGCAUCACAGGCAGACUCCAGACCAGAACGCUUGUUUGGCAGCAUGAUUGGCCGAGACCGCGGCUGCUAUUGCCUGGUGUCCGGACGGUGGAUGCCGAUGCCAAAGGUGCAGCCCGACAUGUACAUCUCCAAUGCUGGCACACACGGCCCAAAUCCCGACCGCUUCUUUGCAGCCGUGAAGUACAUCAUGGAGUACCAACCUCGCAUGGUGAUACUGGAAGACCUGGUAGCAGCCUGCAGACAGGAUCCACAAGGGAACCUUCCAGCAGAUGCGAUUCUUGCUCUUCUCGAGCAAGCUGGAGAUUACGAAGUAGAUGCCUUCCAGGUGCUGGCAUCCAACUAUGGGCUGCCCCAGCGCAGACAGCGUGUCUACUACGUCAUGGUUGGUCGCCAAUUUCUCCGGCCUGCCAGAAGGUCUGGACGCGAUCGAGAUGCGCAGGCUCAGCUUGAGCGAGUCAGAGAAGGACUUGAACAACUUCAUGUCCACGUGGCCAACUCCAGCCCGAGCCCGGACGCAGAAGACCUCCUCAGCCUCAGCGAGAGCCGGCUGGAUGGACCCACCCUUGGUGGCCGACUGAAUUCGGACACCAGCGAUGCAAGCGGGAGCUCGAGCUCGAGCAUCGACGAGGAGUCUAAAGGGAUUGAGUCGCUUCUGGCGAUGACGUCCGACGCCAGCUAUUUGCACAGAAGGCUCCGGCACGAACUUCGGCUUGCAGCCGAUGACCUGACCUACUUUUCGGAAGCAGGACCACAGCUGGCCAAGUGGCUCCGCACCUACAGGGAGGCGGACCUGUGUCAGAUACACUGGCUUCGUGCGCGGAGCCAAGGGCGCGAGAUCCGCUUUGUCUCAAUCUCACAGGAUGCACACCGAGCAUCCUUGAGCUUCACGGGAGAGAUUCCUCCUCUGGCUGCCAACACCAGGCUUUGGUCCUACAGGUUGCAGCGUGUACUCCGAGGCGAGGAGAUGAUGCUGCUCCAAGGUUUCAAGCCGCAUCAUUGGCACCUCGGGAGUCUCUCCGAGUCGACGAUCAGCCGCAUGGCGGGCAGCGCGAUGAGCGUCCACAUGAUUGCAGCUCUUCUUGCCGCCCUCCUGGCCAGUGUGGAUCUGAAGGCUCCGCUGCAGGAAGCCCGCCGGCGCACCAUCAGCCUCGCCGAGCUGCGAAGCAGAUACGCGGGGAUUCGACAGCGCCUAAACGGCUUGCGCCGAAAUGCAAGACUUGGAGCAUGA